CCACUGGUUAUCCAUAUUUUCAGCUUUCUUUAAAUAACUUACCAAGUCUCAUGCUUACGACACACAAAUUUCUACUUCAGUCAAAAGAAUUUGAUACAUGGUUUUGACUUGAAGAUUGCUUGUAAUUAGAUUUUUAAUUGUCACUGAAAUGAAAGAAAAGGGCAUUAAAAAAAAUAGCAGACAGGUUACGUCGAGCCAAAAUGAAACUUGAAGAGCUGUAUUCUCCCAACGCCAUAACAAUUUAACCCCUGUUAAUCAUUUCAAUUUAUUAGAUCGUAAUGUAUCUUUGGCAGUUGACACAGGCAUCUCGCAAAAAAUCUGAGUUUUAUGUGCAGUUAAACAACAACAAGAAGAAUCUACGAAGGAAGAGCAAUGUCUCAAAACUGCGGAAGCCAUUAACUCAUUUAUGUUGAAUUUGGAAGAGGAAGAUAGUAAAAGCAGUAGACUAAUUGUGAUUUCUUAUGCUUUGAGAAUAUCAGGAAUUCUCUGCUGUAUUUAACUGCAGAAAAUUGCUUUAAUUACCAGUGGGUUGAAUUUGUGGAAGGUUCGUAAUGGAAUCUUCUCCACGAACUUCUCGCAGGUUCAAAAAAUCGCAGUACGAUGGGCAGGCUCCUGUAAAGGAUGAACCUGCAGAUAUUUACUCCACGGUCGUCAUUCACGAUGACGUGGGAGCUUCCGACGAAGGAAGUAAAUUUAGGUCAUCAAAGUUUGGAGAAUCUGAAGACAUUUACGCAACAAUGGUGUACAAAGAAGAGCAGGAAGACUCUUCCUUGCCUCCGCUGCUUCAGAGAUUACCCAAGGAUUUUGGUGCAGUCCACGACGACGACGACGACGAAGACAUGUUCUCUACAUUUGUGGUGAAACCUGACGAACCGUCUUCUUCUUCUUCUGGUUUGUAUUUGAGCGGAGGAAGCCGAGGCCCUUCUUCCACCAGAUAUUUCGGAGGAAGCCCUUCUGUGAGAAGCCCUAGAAGAGAAAGUCCCAGGGUUGCCUCUGCUGCUGCUAAUGACGAUGCCUAUUCCACCAUGAUAUUCAAAGAUGAUUUUUAUUCUACUAUGAUAAAGAAAGACGAUGUAUACUCUACGAUGAUACAGAAGGAUGAAGAUACAUUUUCGACUGUGAUCCACUGGAGUGGGGAAGGGGCUUCGCCAAUGUCUGACAUAAGUAAGGCAGUGGAGAGUAUGCGGCAGAGUGGAAAUCACGAGAAGAAAGGGACAGAUAUGGAUAGGGCAGGUAAUGGUAAAUUGCAUGAAGCAAAGAAAAGAUCAACUAGUCCUGUUCCUGACAAUGUGAUUCGGGAAGACCCCUCUACAAAGUACGAGUUGCUGGACGAGCUUGGCAAAGGGUCUUAUGGAGCUGUUUAUAAAGCUAGAGAUCUGAAAACUUCAGAAUUGGUUGCCAUCAAAGUGAUUUCAUUAUGUGAAGGGGAAGAGGGUUAUGAGGAGAUACGCGGAGAAAUUGAAAUGCUACAGCAAUGCAAUCAUCCAAAUGUAGUGCGAUACCUUGGAAGUUAUCAAGGCGAGGACUGUCUCUGGAUAGUUAUGGAGUAUUGUGGGGGAGGAAGUAUUGCUGAUCUGAUGAACAUCACCGAUGAGCCUUUGGAGGAGCAUCAAAUAGCUUACAUUUGUAGGGAAGCUCUCAAGGGAUUGUCAUAUUUACAUUCGAUUUUCAAGGUUCACCGAGACAUAAAGGGUGGCAACAUAUUACUUACAGAACAGGGAGAAGUAAAACUUGGUGACUUUGGUGUUGCUGCACAACUGACCAGGACCAUGUCAAAACGCAAUACAUUUAUUGGCACUCCACACUGGAUGGCUCCUGAAGUAAUUCAGGAGAGCCGCUAUGAUGGAAAGGUGGAUGUAUGGGCACUGGGAGUCUCUGCGAUUGAGAUGGCAGAGGGACUUCCUCCUCGAUCCAAUGUACACCCAAUGAGAGUACUGUUCAUGAUAUCAAGUGAACCUGCACCCAUGCUUGAGGACAAAGAAAAGUGGUCUCUUGUCUUCCAUGAUUUUGUUGCUAAAUGCCUUACAAAAGAGCCUCGUCUACGGUCUACAGCUACUGAACUGCUGAAGCACAAGUUCAUUGAAAAAUGCAAAGGCAAAGCUUCUUCAAUGUUGCCAAAGAUUGAGAAGGCAAGGCAAACAAAAAUUGAGAUGGCUACACAAGCAUUUGCUCAAGGGCCAGGGACGUCAUCUUCAGGGGGAGGACAAUGGUCUUGGGAGAAAGGACAGACACUGAAAAUGAAUGAAAGUUAUGGAGGGACUGUGCUAAUAAAGUCUGAUAAAGUUGCCCUUCUAGAAGUAACAGGGGAGAGAACUCAAGCUAGCAUUGCUGAAGGACCAGUCACGGUUCCUGAUGAAGAGGCUCAAACAGAAGGUGAGUUUGAGACCAUCGUUGUUCACAAAACUGCUUCACCAGCUCUGUUAACAAAGAAUAUUUCUAGUAUGAACCCUACAACCACAUCUGUGGAUGUUGAAACAUCUAAACUGGAUACUGCAUUGGCUAGUUCAAAAUCAAGGGCUGAGAUGACAGAUGUUGGAUCUAAGGCAGCCUCAUCAAUCCUUGGGAUAGUAUUAGGAGCUUCACAUGAUCUAGAUGCUUCAAUUUCUCCCAGUUCACCAAGUCCACAUUCUCAUGGAAAGACACUUCCUAGAAAGAAACAAGGAGAUGAUAGUGAAGCUCAGCCAAGUCCUAGUAUAGUUGGAGGCACGCUAAAGAAUUCUGCUACUGUUGGUCGCCAAGGGUUUGCUCUACAAGACAAGCUGUCAUCUAUAUAUGCUGCUGGUAAUACAGUGCCAAUCCCAUUUUUGAAAGCCACAGAUAUAUCUCCCAUUGCUUUGAUAUCAGAUAAUAUGUACGGUGAAGGGGAACCAGACCACAGUGGUGCUAUUGCAUUGGAAGCAAUUCAAGAGCUCUACAAUGGUGUAAGCCUUGGUGAUGGACAGCUGUGGAGAGGAAGAAAGCCUCCAAAUAAUGAGAACUUAUUUGUACAUGGGUUUACUCACAUCAAUGAAUUUGGUGGUAUCUAUGAGUGUCUACAGAUGCCUCUUCCUCCAAGUGUGUGCCAAAGACUUGCUACAAGUCCAACACUGCUAAAUCUUGCAAGAGCUCUGGCCUAUCAUAAAAUGUGCUACGAGGAAAUGCCACUGCAAGGAUGGCAAGCUGCACAAGAGCAACGGACUAUUCAAAACCUCUCUGAUACACUCAGAACGAUAUUGCGCUUAUGAUUGGAUGCUCAGAUUCUGACUGAUUUUCUUAUUAACAUAUCUGGUGUUUAUCUUUCACGGGUUAGUGCCAACUUUAGUUGCUGAAUUAAGAGUUUUGCAUUCAAUUAGGAAGUAAUUGAGUGAGCUUUUUCUGUACUGUAGUUAGAAUGUAGGAUACUAUACCAUAUAUAAAGGGCUUAGUCAACUAGAUUUGCAUCUAGAAUCAUGUUUAAGGCUAUUUCAAUCCUAAUGGUUGUAAUUUUAGCCUAAAUGUGGUUCCAAUUUGUACGUUAGCAUGUUCCUUCAAUAGACUAUUAUAUAAAAAGUUUCGUCAA